AUGGCGACAACAUGGGAAGAUAUCGUUGCUUCCAAGCGAGCCAGCAUUACUGCUGCCAUUCCUGCCGAGUGGGUUCUUCCGACGCUUCUUCCUUCCGCCGAACAACUUGAUGUGUCAAACUUCAUCGCCGAAUCAGGAUGGUUCUCCGAUUCGCAAAUUGAGAUCCUCAAAUCUACGGCCUCUGAACUUCUCCCCCGUUUAGCUCAAGGAUCCCUCUCCUCGAAGGGAGUUACUAAAGCCUUUUGCAAAAGCGCAGCUGCAGCUCAUCAAUUGAUCAAUCCAUUGACCGAGGUGCUGUUUGGCGAGGCAUUGGUAAUGGCCAAAGCCUUGGACGAACACUUGAAGGCAACCGGAAAGCCUAAAGGACCUCUGCAUGGACUGCCAAUUUCCAUCAAAGAUAACUUCAACAUCAAAGAAAAGGAUUCCACUCAGGGCUUCACUUCUCGGGCCAACCAGUCUGCUGAAUCUCACAGCCCGAAUAUUCAACUCCUGGUUGACGCUGGAGAAGUCUUGUAUGUGAAGACCAACGUCCCACCCGGCAUGAAACGACCAGAGACAUACAAUGCUGUGUUUGCUGGUGGUUCGUCUGGUGGUGAAGGAGCACUUAUCUCCUUUGGUGGUAGUUGCCUAGUAGUUGGAACCGACAUGGGUGGCCCUUGCCGUGUUCCUGCUGCAUGCGGUGGUAUCUAUACUCUUCGUCCAUCCACCACACGGUGGUCCAUCUCUGCGACCAGCACUGUCACACCCGGCCAGGACAGUAUUAGAGCAGUUCCAGGGCCUAUGGCGAAGACGCUAGAGGAUUCUCAAACUGGCGGUGAUCUCAAAGGAUGGGAUCGCGACCCCUCAGCCACCCGUGCAAGGGCUUUGGAGGGGGCAGUGGCAACACUGAAGGCUGCGGGUCAUGACAUCGUCGAAUUUCCAAUGACCACGGAAGAGAUGAAGGAGGCGGUCGAUUUUUCAUUUGGCCUGUUUCUUGCAGAUGCUGGCAACUGGGUUAAAACAGCCCUAGGGAAUACCGGACAGCCUGUACCACCUGAUCUCACAUUCCUCUGGAGGGCACCUCCAAAACCAUCUUUGAACUUCACAAGCUUCAUGUGUUGCGGGAUAACUUGA